AUGCCGGCCCCGUAUUCCGACAACCUGUACUCCGCCGACGACUCCGAUCUCGAAGGCCCGGACGACGACAACCUCGACGCCCACCUGUCGCCCACAGACGGCUACUUCCAGAGCUCAUCGUCGUCAGCAGGCAACCUCUACCCUCCCCAGCAGACGCAGGAACACGAGCGCCGCGAUACCUGGGACAACGUCACCGACGCGACGCUGCCCACAUCCGCUGGCGUCCCCCACGUACCCAACGUCCUCGUCCAAGACCCCUCUCUGCAGAAAGGCGCAUCGUCAAAGGACCACGAAGCAAGGGAAGAGACGAGGUUGAACACAUCAUUCGCCCCGCAGAGUACUUCCGCGGUUGACGACUUCUACGACGGCGCCUCGACCAUCGCCGAUAGCGUAGCGACACCAUCACACACGACUUACACCUCGGCCGCCCAGAGCUCGUCGUCUUAUACGCCUUACUCGCCCUCCACUGACGCUCCCCUGCGCACACCCCAGACUCAUCCAAGAAGGGGUCUGUACUCUCAGCCAUCUUCGCUGUUCCGCAUCCCAAGAGAGGCGCCGCCUGCCUACACGCCUUCGCCCACGUCUCCUUUGUCGUCAUCACCAACAGAGUUCAGGAAUUACCAGACCUUCAACACCAUGGGGGCGCCUGAGGAAGCGCGGCACCUGCUGGGCCGUGACCCGGAGAGCAUGGGCGACGAGCCUUAUGAUGAGGACCCUAGACCUCAACCGUGGAGGGAGAGAGUUCUUAAGAGAUUUCCCUGGGCAUCCAGACGGACGUUGAAGAUGGUGUUGUUCGCCCUGCUGAUGUUCUCCAUCUUCGUUGGCUUCUUAAGCAUGAUGAGCGGAACCGCCAAUCAAUCGCCUAAAUCUCCCUCCAAGGAGCCCGCCAAGCAAUUCGACCCUGUCACGGGUCUCCCCAUCAAGGACGGCCCUGAGGCUCCUGCCCAGCCUUCCGAUCCUACCAAACCAUCGCAGCCCGGACACCCUGGCCUUGAACGACCUCUUCCCUGGAAGCCUCAAGACAUUUGCGCCAAGGCGGAGCACCGCUUCGAGACGAAGGUCUUCGACCUCUCCUUCGCGCCCGAGAAGACCCUGAGCGUGCUCCAAACCGUCGAGAGCGACACGCCCUCGCGCGGCUACCAACCCCAUGUGUCGGGCAACUUCAUCGUGCGCCGCCAGCUCUCCGACGCACCCGGCCCGUCCAUCGAGCUCGAGGUCGUCUCCAACGACGAAAGCCUCAAGGUCGAGGUCGAGUGGGAGUCCAGCAUCCAGCAGCUCAAGAUCAAGUCUCCUCAGCGGGUCGAAUGGAACCAGCCGCUGCGACCCUGCAUGACCAUCCGCGCCACCGUCUGGGUCCCCGAGAACGCCGACAUCAACGUCUUCAAGCUCGCCGCGCUGCACCUCGGCGUCCAACUCAACGACGAUCUCGCCAUCUCCGUCAAGGACACCCUCGAGAUCCGCACCUACGCCGGCGACGUCCGCGUCCCUGUCGACUCCGUGGCGUCCUACCGCCUCGACUCGCGUAACAUCGUCGUCCAAACCAUCUCGGGCGACAUCGCCGGCACCUGGCCCCUCUACGACUCGCUCAAGAUCGGCUCCGAAUCGGGCGACAUCGCCGCCGGCGUCGUCCCCAAGCCCGUCCUCGAGUCCCGCCCCCUCCCCGCCGUGCUCGAGGUCACCUCCGUCUCGGGCGACGUCGUCGUCCAGGAGCCCCUCAAAGAAGCCACCGCCAGCGCCAAGCCCGACACCGUCAUCCCCCCGCGCGACUACUACACCAGCAUCGACACGAAGUCCGGCAGGAUCAAGGCCUACGUCGCCUUCAGCACCGUCGCCGCCAUCACCAGCGUAAGCGGCGACAUCACCGGCGUCGCCCUCCCCGUCUACGACGUCAGCCUCCUCAAGAGCGUCCCCGAGCCCGAGCUCCACACCAAGACCAAGUCCGGCAGCAUCGUCUUCGAGGUCCUCGAGCCCAUGUGGGUGGAGAUCGCCAAGACGCUCGGCAGGGACGAGAAGAAGGCCCCCAACGCGAACCCCAACAUCCCCGUCGACAUCCCCACGAACCCCCUCCCCGUCCCCAACAUCCCCCGCGUCCCCUCCGUGCCCUCCAUCCCUUUCAUCCCCAUCGGCGCCCGCGACCCCUACCGGAACCUCCCCGGCUCCAGCCGCCGCUGGCUCGACCUCCUCCCCGGCAAGCGCGAUGCCGUAGUCUCCUCCUCCUCCUCGUCCUCCUCGGACACGCGCCAAGCCGCCCCCGUCGCGGCGGUCGCAGUCGCCCAGCCCCCGAUGCGCCACCUCAAAUCCUCCCACACCACCGUCAGCGGCAACAUGGACAUCAAGUACCCGGCCUCCUGGGAGGGCACCGUCAGCGCCGAGAGCAUCAGCGGCGGCAUCGACCUCCGCGGCAGGGACCUCAAGAUCGACAGCCACACCAAGUGGCCCAGGGCCGUCCGCGCCCACAAGGGCCAGGCCUGGACGUGCGAGGCCUCGCUCGGCAGCGUGAGCGGGCACGAGAACCUGACUAUCGGGCCCGAGAAGUAA